ACUCAAAUGUAUACACAACAGUCCAUAAAGGCAGUCGCUGAUGUGAGGGUGGGCAAAUAAUUUCAGACUGGAUUUCAUAAAAAAAUAUAAGUGGUGUCGUGUCCAAUGGGCUGGUCAUCCACUUGACCACUUCACUUAGGAGAUAGAGUGUACAAUAUAUCCCCAUUCUGUGUGUGGAAAGAAGUUCUUAAAAGUAUAUUCAGCUCAACUUAAAGGUAAAUAAACGAGAAUGUCAGCAUCUUUGGCGAUACCACCGCUGCCCCCUGGGACCAAACCAUUAGCCAAUCAAGUGGCUGGACACAAGUAUGGGGAAGGGAAGACAAAGCUAGGUUGUCUACAACAUGAGGAUGGUACUGUGCUCAAGCCUGUCCAGGGUCCUCCACGUGGUCAGAGGGAGAUGGACUUCUACACCACUGCCUUCCACGAGAACUGCUCCAACAAAACCCUUCUUAAUCUUCGUCAAUUCAUUCCCAAAUUCUCCGGCAUUGUACAGUGUUCUGACAACCCAAAUGUGAGUUACCUGAAGUUAGAGAACCUGAUGCAUCGCCUCAGUAAACCCAGUGUCCUAGACAUCAAGAUGGGCCAGAGAACUUAUGAUCCUGAGGCACCUCCAGAAAAAAUUGCCCUGGAAGUGGCUAAGUUUCCUCCUGUUCUCAAAUUAGGAUACCAGCUAUCUGGCAUGCAGGUUUUUGAUCCUGAACUUAAUAAGACAGUGAAGUAUGACAAAUACUACUGUAAAAAACUGUUUGAAGACACCAUGGUAACACAAGGAUUAGGGAAGUUUUUCUUGAUUGACAAGGGUAUGAGGAAGGAUGUUUUAAAGGUGGUGGUGGACAAGCUAAAAGAGCUGGAAAGUUGGUUUUUAGAACAAAGGAUAUAUGCAUUUUAUGCAAGCUCAAUUCUGAUAGUGUACGAAGGUGAGGUCAGACACAAACCUGACUGCACGACUGCGGUCAAGGCUGACCAGACAAGGUCGGAGAAAAAUAGGGAAAAUACUCUCAGAUCGAACUCUCCCCUCAAGGAAAAUGGAACUGAAGAUACCAACAGAUCUAUAGACUCCUUGCAUAUAGUAAAUGGAGAUGUAGGUGCCAAAUUUCCUUCGAAAGUAAAUGAUGACUGUGAGCACCCUCUAGUGGAAAUACGGAUGAUAGAUUUCACACACGUAUUCCCCUCACAAGAAGAGGACAGUAAUUACUUGUUUGGUCUCCAAAACUUAAUCAAACAUUUCCAAUUUCUUUUGGAUAUGCCAUCUUGAGGUUGGAUUCUACAAUUUCCAAUAGUGUUCAAGGUUGGACUACUGUGAUUAUGUGGUAUGAUCUAUUCUGUGAUUAUAUGACCAAAUACAUGGUAAUUUUGUAAAUCAUUUAUUAUUCAGAAUCAUUUCCUGUUUGAUUUCUACUGACUGUCAUUUUCUACAAUAUUUAUUUCAUUUGGUUUGUUUACUGUUUGAUUAUAUGAAUGUUAAACUUUAUAGCUUAUUUUGUUUAGUACUGUAUGUACAUGUAUUUAAAAAAAAAAACUUUCAUUUCUGUACUAUCAUACAGUAACAUAGUUAUGGAAAUCCAAAUUCCUCAGUCUUAAAAGCUAAGGUCAUUGGAACUACAUUCCAGGCAAUUAGAAGGAAGGUCAAGUUUUGAGGUCGCCGAGACUUUCAGAAUUCCCUAAGUAGGAAAAAGAUAACAAAAUAACUCCUGAAAGUAAUUAGAAUCAUUUUUUUUUUUUUAAUUACAUAUGAUGAGGAUUAAACUCCAGAAAUGACCUACUCCUCCAAUUAUUGAGUGGGGUCAAAGAGUGCUGAAACUUCAGACAAUGUUAUCUUUUUGGAAACUUAUUGAAUUACCCGGGGUAAUGAUUUCAAUCAGCAUUUCAUUAAAUGAUCUCUUACAGAAACCAGAUAAUGGGAAGUGAGUUUACACAAAACAGGAAGAGCUUUAAAUUACUACCCAAAUCAGAAGAUAUAGACCAAAGUUUCAUGAUAAAUGUAUGUCUCAUCAGAAUUUUUUUUAUACGAGUUAUAUGUACUAAAUAGUAUGUCGGUAGGCCCACAGGGCCUGUAUGUAGUGUCACUAGAGUUAGUACUGUACACUGUAGUAAAUAAUAAAAGAUAAUGUAAGAGAAUCAUUUCCAUUUACUUAUUCUGCCAGGGUUCUGUCUUUAUAUGUGUGCUGUACAUUUAGUUGUUUUGUUAGGUAAACGUGUUUAAGAAAAUGACAGGUUGACAUUUCUUGCGUUUGUUUUACAAAACCCGACUAUAUUUUAUUUGAUCAAAUAGAAAAAAAACUGAAAUUAUUAACUUAUUUGUCUUAAUAGAUUUCAGUCACUAGUGUCAAAUCUUAAUCUGAGUAAAUCUGUUGCCAAGAUAAAUGUAGAUUGGUAAAUUUCCAUAAAGAAGCCCCAGAUAUAUAUGAGGGUUGUGACAUAGUGAUAGGAUGUCUACCCUUUAUGAGUGGUUUAUUCGAGGAGUUAAUUCAAAAUGUGCCUUUAGAAGCUUUUUCUCAUUAUAUCAUUAUUUUUAUUUUGACAUUUCUUUUAAACUUUUCUAUUUUAGAAUCACAAAUACUAUUGAUAUUUACUGGUAUUUGUCUCCUUUGUUUACAAGACAAAUAUGUAGUUGUUUGUUGACAUGUGUGAAAUUGGUACAGCUGUUAACAAUAUUCUUUUAUGGCAGACACACCAGUUUUCUUCAGUAUACACACGUAUGUAGCCAACAGAAAUUAUGUUCCUGUUGAACCCUAUAUUGGUACAAAGACAUUUUGUAAGUCUUUUUAAAUAUGUAUAUUUUGUUUCUAGUGGUUAUUUAUAAUCAAUUUAAAUUUGAUAUUAAUUUGUAAAUUUUUCGCAUGCCAAAAUAUGUCUGCUCAAUAAUCAUCGAGGUUGUCUUGAUAUUAGAGAAAACUGGAAUACCAGGGCCGAGUUGUUUAAAAACCUGAUUAGCUUAAUCGAUUGAUUAGUGAAAAUCUCAUUUCUCCGUUACGUCAAAACCUGAGUGUGUGUAUUUCUUAAAACUGUCAGGUUAGAAGAGACUGACGAGUGUUGUAGUUUCAUGAAAUUUUGUCAAGUUAGUUUUACCAGAAAGGAUUUCAUCAGGGUUACAAAAUUGUUGUUAAAAUAUGAUUAGCCUAAUCACCUAAGAACUGGGCCCUGGAAAAACUCCAUAUGGUCAAGCAAUUUACUGGAUAGCUUAAUAUGUCGGUCAAGAAAAUUCAAUCCUUAUAUCAAAGACUACAGAAGGGCAUUAUAUUAAUCUUUAGCUCACCUAGUCCGAAGAACCAGUAAUCAUGAACUUACGCCAAGGUGCUGUGUCAAUUGUCCAUCCACCAACUUUUCUAGGAAUCGUUACUUCAGUUAUGAACACCUUUUUGAAUUUUGAUCAAAAUCAAUCUGAAGCAUCCUUGGGUGAAAGGGAACCAAUUCUAGAUAAAUGGUUGGUCUAGCCCCCUGACCCAAUUGGGUAAAUAUAGCAAAUUCUUAAAAAUCCUUUUUCUUCUGUAGGAAUAAAAGAAUUUGAUUCAUUGGUCUGAAGUAUCCUAGCUUGGAUUACGGUAAUAGGAACUAAUUGUGUUUUAAUUUUUUGUCUGACCCACAGGACUUAAGGAGCAGGACCCUGUAGGUGAAAUUAAGCAAAUUCUCUGGAAAUCUUCUGUAGAAAAGUAGAGCAUUUUGCCAUAAUCUCUUAAAUAUCCAGGUGAGUGACUGCAUACAAGAAAGAUGUACAAGACAUAAUGAUAUUUGUGUACAAUAUGAAGUUAAGAUAGUAUUUAUCAAGGUUAAACUCAUGAAAAAUGGUGGUAUGAGAGACAAUGAAGGUUUUACUAGAGAAAGAUCGAUGGUAUGAGAAGCUUUUUAUCAAGGUCCUGCUGUUUGUAUAAAUGUUUUAUUGUAACCUGUUUAAACCAACAUCACAUUUUCUCGAGUGAAAAUUGACUUAAACCUGCAAUUCAGGACAUCCCAUAUGAUCAGUUUUUUCAAGGCAACAAAAGGCUAGUUUCAGGGUCUUUUUCACCCCUGGGUUUAGAUAGGAUUCAAUGUCUUUGUAGAGAUUUUAUGUAAAGUACAUGUCAAGGAUGUAUGCAAGAGAGCUAUUUUAAAAAUUAACAGCAGAAUUAUUUGUUUUAUUAUUUGGCUAUCACCUACAUACAUAUAUAUAUAUAUUGAUAUAAGCCAGUGUAUGUAUAUUACAAGUAUUGUAUCAAAUAACAAAUUUUAAUUUGGAGGAACUAUAUGUAUAAUUAACUACGGAUUAUAGUUAGGUUAAGUACAACUGUUGUACAUUUUUAUACACCCCCCUCCCCCACACACUUGAAUUUACUGCAAAAGAAAAAAAACUCUUUCUUAUUUCUAGCAACCAAAUUUUUUUUCAACAUGUACUAAUUAUUAAUACAGACUGAAGUCAAAACAUCCUCUUUGACAUCUACCUGGGAAGAUGGUGGUUUUCAUACCAUCAACGGUUUUGGCAAUGAAAUUUAAAAACUGCGUACAUAAAAAAAAAUAUAUUCCUACCUUCACGACCCAAAUUAUUUUCAGGCAGAAACAGGAAACCCACAAUUUUCCCCCCUAGUCACUGUGCAGGAGUGUGUAUGAAUACGAAUUAUGUACAUGUGAAAGUGAGUAUGUGUCCAACUGUCCAUAACACAAAGCUUUAUUAAGUAGAAGAGAUAUUAUAUUGUUAACCCCAUAACAAGUUCAUUAUAUUUUAUCUAACCUCAGGUUCUAUAUACACUGUAUACCUGUUUAGAU